AUGGCUUCGAGUUCUUCGAGCAGGGCUAGAGGGAACAAUGCCAGGACACUGCAACGUCUUGGAUCAGGAAUGCCGAUGCCGUAUAGCAACGCUGUCUGGAAUAUAGCUCAAACAUAUGCCACUGGCAUCCACUACAUCAACAACCUGGUUAGUAAUCUCUCACGGCCCGAGCUUCCUGUACGUAAGCUUGGGUUCCAAGAUCCAAUCUCCAGUUCCCACCGCUUGUCCAUUGGCGGUCACUCUGCCAUACCAACGGGCCCUCGCAGCGAUGGCGACGGGAGAGGAAAUACAGAGGGCCGCGAGUUGUUCGGCUUGAAGCUGACAUACAGCGGCAUGCAAUAUUUGAAUCGGCUGAUCAUACCGGCACAACCAGCAAAAAGGUUCUUUCCGGAUGCGCCUUAUCUUAUGUUUUGGGAUGAGCAGAGCCGGCGAUGGUGGAUUUUCCAAUAUUGCCGCUCAAGCUGUGGGCAACGGUAUGCGUUUGUCUCGGGGUGGUCCUCCUUCGCCAAGGAGAAGGCUCUUAAGCCUGACGAUACUUUGAUCUUUAAGGCUUUCACGGACAACGAGAUUCUCGAGAACUGCUAUUACUCGAUCGAUGUAAGGAGGGCGGCUCGGAAGAAGGAACAGAUUAAGUUAUUUGGCGCGGUCAUCGAGAUAGAUUAA